AUGUCCAGUAAUAAAAACCAAGAACCGAAUCGUUGGGAAUUUCGUAAGUCACCACUUCAACAAUUAGUUUAUAGUGAUGAUGUUACUAUUGGUAUUUUGAAAUCAUUAGAAUCUAAAAAAAAAUUUUUUCUUAAAUCGACUACCAGCCUCGAGAUUACAGCUUCCAACGAAGUUCCAACAGACUACAACUUCAAAGCCAUGGGAGUGUUUCCAAACGUAGGUAUGAGUCAUCCCUUAGUCAACAUGAUAAAAUUUUUUAAAAAUGUUUUAAUUUCAAUGGGAUUCAAAGAAAUGAACACCCAGCGAUGGGUUGAGAGUAGUUUCUGGAACUUUGACACGUUAUUUCAACCACAGACUCACCCGGCUAGAGAUGCUCAAGACACAUUUUUCUUAAAAAAUCCUAAGUACACUUCUAAGUUAUGUUCAAAUGAAUAUUUAAACGAUGUUAAAAAAGUCCAUGAAUUUGGAAACUACGGAAGUCUAGGUUGGAACUCUCCUUGGAGUUUAGAAGAAGCAUCAAAACUGAUCUUAAGGCCUCACACAACUGCAAUCACUUCUAGAGAAUUAAGAAAAUUGGCAGUUAAAUACAAGGAAGACCCGACAUGCAAUCUCGAGCAUAAGUUCUUUUCUAUAGACCGUGUUUUCAGAAACGAGACGUUGGACGCAACUCAUUUAGCCGAGUUCCAUCAAAUCGAAGGCGUCGUGGUAUCUAAAAAAGCGAACCUGUCAGAAUUAAUGUCUAUUCUCAAAACAUUCUACCACAGUAUCGGAAUUGAAAACAUCAGAUUCAAACCUGCUUACAAUCCAUACACCGAACCGUCUAUGGAGAUUUACGGUUAUCAUCCAAUAUUGAAAACUUGGACUGAAGUAGGCAACAGCGGAGUAUUCAGACCAGAAAUGCUUCAAACAUACGGGCUUCCGGCAGAUUUAGUUGUACUUGGAUGGGGUCUUAGUGUAGAACGACCAACUAUGAUUAUGCAUAAUGUCUCAGAUAUUAGAACCUUAUUCGGUCCUAAGUUUAAGUUACUCAACUGUUAA